AUGUUGUCUUGUAAAGCGUGCCUCAGGCGAGCGAUACAGCCACUAUCUACCAAGGCCUCUUUUGUCGAAACAUCAGCCACGGUUUCGACCCUCCAACAUGGCCUCCCACCCCACCUCCAGCUUCAGCAACGGUCUCAAACGACAGUCUCCCGCGCCGCUUUCAUGAAGGAGGCGCGGAGAAGCCCCAGAGACACUGACAAUGCUGAUGACGUUGCCGAGAAAAACAGGAAGCGGAAGAUGGAUUGGGCUGUUGACCAGCACCUCAAGCAUAUGGACGACCCCUACAAUAUCGCCCAGCACGUCGAGGCAACCCUCAAGAAGGGCCGUUUUGACGAGGCGCUUCUCCUCGUCCAACGCUCCAGCAAGGACAAGCAGGUCGCCGUCGCCUGGAACCAUUUGAUCGAGUACAAGGUUCGCGACAAGAGCGUCAACGCCGCCAUCAAGCUUUUCAACGACAUGAAGAAGCGAGGCCAGCAGCCCAACGACCGAACAUACACCAUCCUCCUCACCGGCUGCGCAAAGUCGCUUGACCCUAAAGCCGCCGUUCCGAAGGCCGUCGCUAUCUACAACUCGCUCCUCAAAGAGAACUCGGCCGUCCGCGCCAACUCUUUCCACCUCAACGCCGUUCUUCAGGUCUGCGGCCGCGCGGGCGACGUUGACGCCAUGUUCUCCAUCGCCGAAACAGCCGACGCCCGUGCCGGCCGCAAGACCACGGCAUAUACGUAUACGACCAUCAUCAACGCCCUGCGGUUCGAGGCGGAGAACCCCGAGAAGCAAAGAAGUCAAUCCCUCCAGGAGAUCCUCGACACGAUGGCGCAGAUGGUCAAGCGGUGCAAGGCCAUAUGGGAGGAGGUCAUGCGCAACUGGCGCAAAGGCACGCUAGAACUCGACGAGGACCUCGUCUGCGCCAUGGCCCGCGUACUGCUACUUGGCGACAAGAAGGAUCAGGCUAAUAUCAUACCCCUGCUCGAGGAGACCAUGAGCGUCCGCGAUCUGGCCUGCAAAAACCCCGCCAAGGACCAUGCGCUGCGCAUGAACGAAGGCAUGAAGGGUAUCGCCGCAGCCGUUGGCACUGCCGGCUCCGCGCAACAAAAGGCCGUCCCAUCGACGAAGCCGAGGAUCAAUUAUGCCAUACCGCGGUCCAACACUCUCUCCCUCGUUCUCACCACCCUCCUCCAAAAUAGGCAGGCCAAGCUGGCUGUGCAGUACUGGAAUCUAUUUGUCUAUUAUUAUGGCCUUGAGCCUGACUCGGACAACUGGAACCAGCUCCUCCGUAUCUAUGAGCGCAACGGAUCGAGCCGCGACGCUGCCAAGGUUGUACAGAAGCUGCCCGACGAGAUGCUGGUGCCCAUCAUGUACCGCCGUGCCCUUUCGGCUUGCGUCAACGACAAGAUGAACCAGAAGGCCUUUGAGAAUGCAACCGCUGUCCUGGAGAGGAUGACGGCGCACGUCGCCGCCUCCAAAGGGACGACGCCUCUCGACGUCCGCGCGCUUCACAUAUACCUCAAAGUUGGUUUAUCGUCCAAUUUCCAGUUCCGCCAGGUGGCCAAGUCGGGCGAGGUCGAGGAAGCGAGGCGCGCGUACGGCGAGCAGCUCGCCGCCGCAGUUAACAACAUAUGGGCGCCCUUCACCUCGGCGAAGGACGCGAUGUUGAAGAAGAAACCCAAGGCGGGAGGGAAGCCCUCAUCCAAGACAUCGCAAAUGCACGGUUUCGCGGUCAAGGAGCUGAUCGAGAUCGCCCGCAACAUGAUCAGUGCCGUCGACAAGAUCGUCAACGAGAACCGGCUCGCUGACGAGGAGGCCGUCGAGGCGCUUAAGCAGAAGCGCAACAAGCUCAACCGCUUCGUGGUCGAGUUCACCGAUCCGAAUCAGCAGAAGGAGGAGGAUCUCGUCGUCACGAAGAAUACGCCCAUGAAAGAUGGCGAGGGUGUCAUGUGA